CUCUUCCCCAGCUCCUAGUAGCGCGGGUUCCGCCCCGCCCCCAGAGUCCCGCCUCUCGCCCAGCGCCCCGCCCCGCCCACCGUCCCUCCGCUUGGGGUCCAGCGCCGCCUGCGCUCCGGAGCUGGCUCUGUCGGCGCCGAGAAAUGGACCAAUUUUGACAAGAUGUAGUGCUGCAGUGUGCCUAAUGGGAUAUAUUCAGUCAUGGCAUCCGAACUUUGUAAGACGAUCUCUGUGGCAAGGCUGGAAAAGCAUAAGAAUUUAUUCUUAAAUUAUAGGAAUCUGCAUCAUUUUCCAUUGGAGUUACUGAAAGAUGAGGGACUGCAAUAUUUGGAAAGACUCUAUAUGAAAAGGAACUCCCUUACAACCUUGCCAGAAAACCUUGCUCAGAAGCUUCCAAACCUUGUGGAACUGUACCUCCACUCAAAUAACAUCGUUGUGGUUCCAGAAGCCAUUGGGUCCCUUGUAAAACUCCAGUGUCUGGAUCUUAGUGACAAUGCCUUAGAAAUCGUUUGCCCAGAAAUUGGUCGUCUGAGAGCUUUACGUCAUCUUCGAUUAGCUAAUAACCAACUGCAAUUCCUACCUCCAGAGGUUGGCGAUUUGAAGGAGCUGCAGACACUAGACAUUUCUACCAAUCGUUUGCUAACUUUACCCGAGAGGCUUCACCUGUGCCUUUCUCUGCAGUACCUCACUGUGGACCGAAAUCGUCUAUGGUGUGUGCCGCGCCAUCUCUGCCAGCUGCCCAGCCUCAAUGAGCUCUCCAUGGCUGGAAACCGUCUUGCAUUUUUGCCACUUGAUUUAGGUCGAUCUCGAGAACUACAAUAUGUGUAUGUGGAUAACAACAUUCACCUGAAAGGCUUGCCAUCUUAUCUGUACAAUAAAGUCAUCGGGUGCAGUGGCUGUGGUGCUCCCAUUCAAGUUUCCGAGGUGAAGCUACUUUCCUUCUCAUCAGGGCAACUAACUGUUUUCCUCCCAGCCGAGGUGAAGGCCAUCGGGACAGAGCAUGAUCAUGUCCUGCCUCUGCAAGAGCUGGCCAUGAGAAGUCUAUAUCACACCUACCACAGCUUUCUAAAAGAUCUGAACUUUCUGUCUCCCAUCUCGCUACCCAGAAGUCUGCUGGAGCUGCUGCACUGCCCCCUGGGGCACUGUCACCGGUGCAGCGAGCCCAUGUUUACCAUCGUCUACCCCAAGCUCUUUCCCUUGAGAGAGACGCCGAUGGCAGGGCUGCACCAGGGGAGGACAACUGUUAGUUUUGUGGCUUACUGCUGCUCCACCCAGUGUCUGCAGACUUUUGACCUGCUGAGCUGAUAAACACUCAAGACAAGCGCCUCAGGAGCGCUGCCAGCUCGACACUGCGGCUGCCUGCACGUCACAUGCGGUGUGCGGCAGGGCGGGAGAGUCCAGCCAGGCCAGAACAGGCGCUUCCACCUCGUCCUGUCAAAUGUGGAGGCACUGAGGAACUCUCUGGAAAUGUCACGAUUGAGCUUCAGAGCUAAAAUGCCUCCACCCUUCCCCCAAGUUGGAAUAUAUCCUCCCACAAAUUAAGGACCCUUUGUCUUCUGUGUUUUUCCUUUUUAUGUGAGUGUGUCUUAUCCAUAAACUGUUUAGAUUGGUGAGCCUCCCAAAUCUAAUUUAAAGAAGUUUCCUGUCCCUGAAGAACUAUAAUUUGGUAUUAUAGCCAAAUUAAUUUUUGAUCACACAUAUCUUCAGUGAUACUUCUCAUCACUUUCUUUCCCCAGAGAAUUAUUUCUUGGGUUAUUCCCCAGAGAAUAACCCAAGAGGUUAUUCUCCACCAUUUCUCCAGGGGAAACGUGUCAGUUUUUAGAGUGUCGGCAGUCCCCUGGCCUACGUAGUCUGGAGCCGAGUUAGCCUCCCAUGGAGGCUCAGCAAGGAGCCCAGACACACACCCUCUGGGAAGUUACAGCCAUUUCUAAGUUUUGCAAUGUGUUAAGCGACUUUGUGAGGGAUUUUUAAAACAAAAAUGUAGAUUGUAAAGAAAUACAUUUGUAUUUUAAAAGACUAUUUACAGAAAAAUGAAAUUGUUUUAUUUCCUGCUAAGAUUUUUUUGAAGGCAUAUUCAAAGCUUUCCAAAAUCUGAUCCUUUUGUUUGUAGAUUUAAACAGUUUCCAUAUAAUGAGAAAAGGGGAGAAAAUACACAUCAAAAUGAGACCUCCAGUGUUCUUGUUAGAUGGGUUUAUGGUUACAUUUAUACUGACUGAAGUAUUUUUGUUACAUGUGAAAGACAGACUCAACUACUUCUACAAGUUUAUAGCAGAGUGAUUCUAAGUACAGCCUUUACACAUUUAUUUACCUACUGCAUGAGAUUAUCUUCAUUUUGACCCUAGUUUCUUAUAUACUUAACAUAUUGUCCAGAUUCCACUGAAAAAAUAUAGGAAAAGCAGGGUCCAAAUUCAGCCUUGGACUUGCAGGGAAGUCCAGAAACAGAAAGUCUGUGAGCCUCCACCCUGCCAGAAAGAACUGCUCUUCGUGGAGGAGUCACGUAUUUGCUCUUUCUUUGAAAGGAUGCCAUUUUAACAUUGCUGUGCUGCCAGAUGUUCAUCUAGUUGCUAUGAAGUGAUUCUUUUUAAAUUUUUUUUUAUUUUAAUAAAAAAAAGCAGGACUGAUAUGAGAACCAAGAAGGUUUACUUAGUAGAAAAAUUAUUUUCAAAAAAUUUCAGACUUAAUCAAAAAUUUGGUUGAUGGAAUUUUAUUAUCUGUAAUGCUAGGCCCUAGCAGUGCCAAAAGAUCCUACAUAAUUACUGACAAAUGUGUGAUCUUUUUGCAGUCAUACCACCUGCUGCCCAGAAAACACACUAUCCACGUAGAAUGGCGAAGGCAGAAAGUUACCAUGUGUUCCCACUGUAUCUGUACUGUUCUUACUUCCCCUUGUCCCUUUUCAUAACUUGCUCUAUUCAGCCUUAACAUUUCAAAGGCUUGUAGUAUAAUAGGAACUGAAGAUCUAUAUCAAAAUGUAACAGUUCUUUCAUCCUUUGGAAUAAUUGAAGUUGUAGCAUAACCUCUACAUGUAUAUAAGUUGGCAGGUGAAAAAAUGUGGCAUGAAACUUCACAAAUGUUCUUCAGGCCUAAGUGACUGCUACCUAUCACUUAAGUGACAGUAAAUAUAUCGCUACAUUUUUCUAUUUCAUCCUCUACAAUCCUGUGUCUUGGAAUGGAGCUAUGAAAUGUGCUAACCUGAUAUUCAGGAUUCUCGUUGAGAUAACACAUUAGUUUUACUUUGUCUGAAAUUUU